UUCCGGCUUCAUGGCGGCGUUGGUGCAGAAGCGCUGGGGCUGAAGCCGAGGGAUGAAGCGAGACAGACGUAGGGGGCGUGCGGCUUCGGAGCGGAAGAAAAGAGUUCGGGUGGCGGCGCCUGAAGGGAUUAGACCUGUGGGCUGCAACGUGCAAUUGGGCCGAGAGGAGCGGAUCCAGGGCAUUGGCAAGACUCAGAGCAGUGGCUACUGCCGUCUCUGUCACGGUAAGUUCUCCUCUCGUAGCCUGCGCCAUGCUUUUGGGAAAGUGCCAGUGACAGGUCUGAGCUCAGAGAAGCAGAAACGCCUGGACCAUGUGUUCUUUGCUGACUUCCAUCAGCUGCUGGGGGUGUCUGUGCUCCAGGAACCUGAGCUGCCUCAGUUUGUGUGCAAGCACUGCCAUGCUCAGUUCUACAAAUGUCGAAGUUUGCUGAGGACUUUCAUUCAGAGAGUGAACACGUCGCCUACCAAACCUCAUGGCAACAAAUCUGACAAAAUUCAUGUCAUCAGUUCUACCACAGGUCCCUGUACAGAUUUAAUAACCUCAACUGCAGAAUGUCUACACAGCCUGGUGAGCUGGACACACAAACAUGCAGGAGGCUGCUCCUUCCUACCUAUACAACAGAGGGUGGUGUCCACACAGUACUGUGGUAUUGUACGAGUAGUGUGGGAGUGCGACGGGGGUCAUGACUAUAUCAUGGAACCAGAUUCAGAUUGCAUCUCUUCUUUUGCUCAACCACAAAAGGAAAUGAGCUCUGAUCAGAGUUUAAGUGGCAAUGGAAUACACCGUAUUAACACAAGGACUAUACCUGCUUCAAAGUACAAUCCUCCUGACUGUAUAAACACUGCAUCUGUGCACCUUGAUACCUGUGUGGUAGAAAAUCAUAUCGCGCAAAGCAGACCACCUUCUCCACCCUUGGCUGCUCCAGACUCAUCACAAGGUCAAGACUGCAGGAACUCUACUCUUGCUUCCAAAGAUCUCUCCAAAGAAGAGUGCAGCAACCACUCAGAUGGAGAUUUCCAGACCCAGGAGGAAGGGGAAGAACCUGGACAGCAGCCGUCCUCAGAUGACUCCUUUGAACCAUGCAUAGAAAAGAGGAUCACUCAAAAGAAAAGAGAACCUAGAAAGUCCCAAAAGCCGGCAGAAUUCAAAGAGAAAAAGAAGCCAGGUCCUAAACCAGGCUGGAAGAAAAUUAAACGGGAACGGGAGGAACUGCCUACAAUUUAUAAGUGUCCAUACCAAGGCUGCACAGCUGUAUACAGAGGUGCUGACGGUAUGAAGAAACACAUUAAGGAACAUCAUGAGGAGGUGCGGGAGCGACCAUGUCCACAUCCAGGCUGCAACAAAGUUUUCAUGAUAGAUCGGUACUUACAGAGGCAUGUCAAGCUUAUUCACACAGAAGAGAGAAACCACAUCUGUGACCAGUGUGGACAAGCUUUCAAGCAACGGAAGCACCUUUCUGUGCAUCAGAUGAGACACUCUGGUGCAAAACCUUUACAGUGUGAAGUAUGUGGCUUCCAGUGCAGGCAGAGAGCAUCGCUAAAGUACCACAUGACCAAGCACAAAGCUGAGGCAGAUUUGGAGUUUGCCUGUGACCAAUGUGCGAAACGCUUUGAGAAGGCCCAUAAUCUCAAUGUACACAUGUCUAUGGUCCAUCCACUCACACAGAGCCCAGCCAAGCAGCCAGAAACAGAACCAGACGCCCACUCUGGGACAACAGAAGAACAAAUAUUGAAACCAGAACGGACGCAGCAGCCCCCACCCUGAAAAAGCGAAACAUACAAAACAUUUUAUAAAAAUAAUUUUUGUAAAGUUUUAUUGUUUGUAAAAUAAGGCAUUGUCACAUCUUGUUUUUAUCUUGGUUUUUAUAGUGAACAAAAGGAUUAAACAGUCCCGAUUCAAUGGCAAA